AACGGCCAGCCAAGGCGCGACGAUGGCGCUGCUCUUCUCCGCUCUCCGGGUGCUGCUGGGCCUUUUCUUCGCCGUCUGCGGGGUCGUCAAGCUCACCGACCGGAUCGCCGGCGAUGCCCACCGGCAGCUGAAAACCCAGUUUGUACAAUUUGCAGAUGUCUUCCCUUUGAAGGAGUUUGGCUAUAAGCCAGAACCAGGACUGUACAUGGAAACGUUGGGCUGGAUGGAACUGAUAGGAGGCUUCCUUUUAGCCUUCGGGCCUCAACUGCUGCAAGAAAUCAGCAAUUUUGUGCUUACCGUGAUCAUGAUAGGUGCCAUCUACACCCUCCUGGUUUUGAAAGAGCCUUUAGCCAUGUGCGUACCAGCCACUGUCUCCUUGGGUCUUUUGCUCCUCCUCAACAUCCGUGGAAGAGACAAGUGUGUGAAGUCAAAGUCUGAAUGAGGCGAGUAGAAGGAGAUCUGGAGAGAUGGGAAGGAUCCAAAAUGAAGCUCUUGAAAGAACAGA